UACUGUGGUGCUCCUGCUGCUCCCCUUCCAGAAACAUUGUGAGGAAAGAAAACAAACCUGCAUGGAUGGAUCCUUUACUUUUAAACAUAUGUUAGUGACCGUAAGUGAACUGAGACGUUUCGGAUUUCGCGAUUGAUCUGAAUGUUUCAGUCGCUCGCGCUGAAUCGAACGCGGAUUCCUCGCGCAGAGAAUCAAAGUCUCUCAAACGCACCGUUUAGCUGCACAAACAUGGAUGUUCUGGCCAAUUACAGUAUUUUUCAAGAACUUCAACUUGUUCAUGACACUGGCUACUUCUCUGCGAUGCCGUCUCUGGAGGAAAACUGGCAGCAGACAUGUUUGGAAUUGGAACGCUAUCUGCAGACGGAACCCAAACGGCUGUCUGACCUUUUCGAUGAGGAACUGGACGGUCUUCUUACCCCGUCCUUCAUAAAGGAAGAUGCAGAUGAAGACCUGUUAGACCCCCUCCUUCCCAGCCUCAACAACCCCCCCAGUCCUCCUCCUCACCUCACCCCACACAAAGAAACCCUCUCCUCCACUUCCUCCACUUUGAUCUCUCCAGACAUCACCUUAGGGGUCAACGCAGCCCAGCUGAAUGCCGUCACCUCCUUAACACCACCCUCGUCUCCAGAACUAGGCCGUCACUUAGUCAAACCCACACACACCCUCAGUGCCUCGCCCGACGGGACCCUCACGCUCAAGCUAGUGGCCCGAAAGGUGGGCUUGAGCUCUGCCAAGCUUGUGGCAGCCCACCCGGUGCCACUUUCUCCCCAGCAUGGCAGCAGUGGUGCACAGAGCGACGGGGAACAGGGUGGCACCUGCACAAUGGGAGCCGGCGAGAUGGCAGAGAACAAGAAGAGGGUCCAUCGCUGCCAGUUCAAUGGGUGUCGGAAGGUCUACACCAAGAGUUCACAUCUGAAGGCGCAUCAGAGGACACACACAGGGGAGAAGCCGUACAAGUGCUCAUGGGAAGGCUGUGAAUGGCGGUUCGCGAGAAGCGACGAGUUGACAAGGCACUACCGCAAACAUACCGGCGCUAAGCCUUUCAAGUGCAAUCACUGCGACAGGUGUUUCUCUCGAUCUGAUCACUUGGCACUGCACAUGAAGAGGCACAUCUGAGGAGGAAGAGGAGGAGAAAGAGGCGGCAAAAUGGCGAGGAGGAGAAAGAGACAGAGAGAAAGUAGAGGGAGAGAAAGAGAGGGAUUAUGGGAAGGAGUCGGAUACCACUCAGGCCAUUCGCUCAUCCCACCAGAGAGAGGCCCCCCGUGAGGGAACAGGUCUUGAGGUUUGGUCGGCCACGUCUGACCAUGAGGACGUAAAUUUGGAGGUCUACAGAUCUGAGAAGGUGGUACGACAUCUUAUGUCACUGAAAGACAACGUGCUUCAGUAGGUAUUUGCCUAAUACUUAAAACAUUAAUGACUCAAUUUAGUUACUACUAUUAUUGUGUUCCAGUGUCUCCAAGGUCCAUUUAAAUCUUUCGUCAAUUUUACGUAGAGUACAUCUUACGCAGAUUGUCACAAACGGACAAGCUACCAUUGAACAAUGAUUUGAUUUACUGCACUAUGUGGGACGUGUCCCGAAUGCAUCUCCUUGAGAAAUUUUGGAGAAUAUCAUAGCGAUAGGACGCCAAUCCAAAGAGAUGGAUUUAUUUUAUUAUUUUUUUUUCAUUUUGAGUAAGGAUUAUCUUUCUGCUUCGAUCCCGCCAAUGCACAGCCAAGAUCUAAAGUGGAAUGUCCAUCCAGAGAAAUCUGGAUUUCAAAGGCAAAAGGCGACCAAGUGGAAUCGCCCAUUGCUCAAAUGUGAAUCUUACUAGGGGCAGUGGAGGAAACACUCUCACCUUCUUCGUAGACGGACAAAUCUCUCUUUUUGACAUCCCUCCCUGCCAACCAACUGCUGCGCAGCGACACUUUGUGACUUUUUAUAAAGGAAAAAAAAAAAUUAAGGAAGAGAUCUUUUUGAAUGAUGACUAUGUUAUAUAAUUCAGAAGACUUCUUUUUUUGCUUUUCUCCUGUGGAUGUGUACAAAUUAGAAAAAGAUAAAGAAAUAAAAAUGGACCAAAAAAAAAAAAACUGCCAUAUGCACAAGCGAAGAGUAGUGGAUUCUACACUGGC